UUUACUUCACGGCAGACAGCUUGACCUCCCUUACCCAACUGAUUCUCGUGUAUUCUACAAAGAUCUGGCAUCGUGAUUCAUGUAGCAAGAUAACCAUUAUUUUAACAGACAAAAGGCAGGUAUAUCGAGAUCUCUCGUCUCUGGUCGUGUCUGGUCAUAUUUUUCUGCGUUUUAGGAUUUAGACGGACGUCUUGCCAUCAUAAGGUUACGAUGUCAGAUUGUACCUAUACCUUGCAAUUUUGAGUAGUGACUGUGGUGACUGACAGCAGCUAUUUUAUCUAAAAAAAAAUAAGCGAACGGAAACAAAAGCAUAUCGUUUUUUUUCAGGAAUAAUGAACCACAUUGAUUGAUAAAAGAUUUUUGGGCUUAAGAUAAAGUUUCUUCAUACGUUAAUAUGUCUGAUUGUAAAAGAAAAAAACUCUUCAGUGUGAUCAGCGAUAAAUGUUGGAAAGGCAAGGAUGUCGAGGACCUUGCUUUUUCGCGUGUCAACGAAGAGUUUAAAUAUGUCACUGACAAAGACAUAAAUUGGAUUUUAACACACGCCACGGUGAAAGGUGACUCUAGGAUCAUCAAGUAUUUCGCUAAAACCAAGAUAAAAGUCGGGACUGACGAACAAGCGGGACGAACGGCGAUCCAUGCCGCCAUCGAAAACUAUACUUCCGUUCGCCGAGGGUGCAGAGGCAACUUUAAUCAUUUGAAAAACAUUCAUUUGCUUCUCGAUAUCUAUGAUGAAACCAAUUACAGAAAUGAUAAAGGUUUGAGCCAUUUUCACGUGGCUUGUUUGGUUGGCAAUGUUAAAGCCAUGCAGAAAUUUAUUGAUAGAGGAGUUGACGUAAAUCUUCUAUGCUGUUACGAUGGUAAGCCAACAACACCACUACACUUGGCUAUUGAAUUGAAACAAAUUGAAGCUGCAGAUUUGCUGUUGAGAAAUGGUGCAGAUCCAAAUGUUAGGGGAGAGGAUGGCAUGACACCUUUAAAUUACCUCUACAACGACUCCAUUUAUCAUGCAUCUAUAUAUGGUAAUCAAGACUUCACAUUUGAAUCAACCUACCAUUUGGAUUGUAAAGAUAUUGUUAUGGAAUGUGACACAUUUUUAAAAAUUAUACAACUUCUCAUCAGUUACAAAAGCGAUAUCAAUGCAAAAGAUUGCCAUGGUAACAGUGUACUCUUUAAAUUUUUUCGCAAGCAGAAUUAUAAACAUUUCUUUCACAAAAGGGCUUUGGAAAUUCUGUUUCAAAAUAAUGUAGAUGUAACAAAUGUUGACCAAUAUGGUCAAACAAUAUUACAUUUAGCUAUUGCUAGAAAUUGGGUAAGAAUGAAUCAGUCCUGUAAAGGUUCUGAUUGGUAUGAAGAUGAAGUUAUUGCCUAUGUAAUUGAACAAUCUUUGAAAUUAGGAGCCAAAGUAAAUGCUUGCGAUCACAAUGGGAAUACACCCUUAAAUUUGGCAGUGUCCUACUGUGAUUAUAAAGCAGUUCAAUUACUGUUAGAGUACAAUGCUGAUAUACACACAGUCAAUUUUCGAGGAGGAUUUUUAGAACGUACAAAUAAAAUUCUUCGUAACUUAGAAACAACUCAAAAUAUUCUUGAUAUCAUUCAACUACUGAAGAAAAAAGGAUUUCAAAUGAAUGAAAGUCAUGAACUGUUAGUAUUACAAUUUUUAAUUGGAUUUGAUAACAUAUCUCAAGAAUACAAUCCACAUGUUGUAUUGGAAUUGGGUUCGUUUAACAUAAUUCAAAAUUAUAUUGACUCCUUUCUUAGAAAGCAUGAAAGAAGUAAGAGUGAUAAAAGAGAUUUACAUGAUAGUAUUUGUUGUUACCUUGAUGCUUUAAAAUUUGGGAAAAUGUUUGUGAAAAGAAACGAAUACAAGUGGCUUAAAGAUAUGGUAAAAAAUUUACAUAGAAGAAUUCCAGAAUCACAAUUGGGAUAUACAGAAAAUUAUUGUCCUGAAGAUGUUGAAAGUAGUGUAAAAAAAGCUAGAAAAACCAAGAUCAAUGAUUGCACAUCCCUUCUGGAUCUCUGUACUUCUACUCCUGAAAAAACUUAUGCGCUUUUGAAAAAUUCAAAUUACAAGAAGAUGGUAAAUGGAAAAGAGUUUACAAGAAAACAUGAUUUUCUGGCGGGAACUAUUAAAGGUUACAUUGCAAAAGGUUUAAUUAGAAAAUAUUUUAAACAAACAUCAAUGAAAUUUUUACAACUACUGACAUCAAAUCGAUUACCAGUACUUUGCUGUGAAGAAAUUGUUAAUUAUUUAGAUAAUUAUGAUUUAUUAUUAAUCUUGGUAUUAUUGGGCAGACAAGACUUUUGUCAAACUAUAAAUAUCUGUGAAAUCAAUCGUGGCAAAAUUGUUGCGGGUCUCUAA